GAGGGACACUUACUAGUAAUACUCUCUCUUUCUCACUCACUUCACACACAGAUUGCACCCUACAAAGGUGCACACUUCGCAACACAACUUUCUUCUUUUCACUGAAACCCCUUUUUCCCUUAUCAGAUCGCAUCACUGUUUUCCUUCAAAACGACACCGACUUGAACCACAAAGCACGUUGUUAUUGUCGUCGAAACGCGGUUAACAGUGUUCUUGUUCUAUGCCUUGACUUUGUUCGCUUCGUUGUUUCCACGGUUGCCAUCAUGGACUCCUCUAAGAAACUUGUAUUCUCGGAACCCUUUAUGUCUCAGAGGAGGAAGGUGAUUUCUGGGUUCAGUUUAGGUGUUGGGGUUUCUCUCGUUUUCUUCACUCUUCUCCUGCUCAACAACACUUCCCUCACCGCUCCCAAAGUUCAAGCCUUUCUGCAAGGAUCUGAUUCCAACUCUUCCUUUUCUUGGCAUUUUCCCUUCACGACUCGUUCUCUCAACGGUUCCGUCAGUUUGCUGCAUAGGGCUGAAGUGAACGUGUCAGGGGAGCGUUUGGGGAAAACCCUUGUGGGGAAUCAGAAAAACGAAAGCUUGCAUUUUGGAGCGGAGGAAGAGCAUUCUAGUUCUGUGAAGGAUGUUAGUUUUCUCGGGGAGGGACAUGCGCACGUGGGAAAUUCGUCAUGCAGUGGUGGUGGUGGAGAUGGAAAGUGUGGAGAGGGGUUGGUUAAGGAAAGUGGUAAUUUUAGUGUUGGUAGUUUCCGUGGGGAGUGUGACAUCUUUGAUGGGAAAUGGGUGAGGGAUGAGUCGAAGCCGUACUAUCCCUUGGGGUCUUGUCCCCACAUCGAUAGGGAUUUUGAUUGUCAUCUUAAUGGGAGGCCUGAUAGUGAGUAUGUGAAGUGGAAAUGGCAACCAAAUGGGUGUGACAUUCCAAGUUUGAAUGCAACUGAUUUUCUGGAAAAGUUGCGAGGACAGAAGCUGGUUUUUGUGGGGGAUUCACUGAACAGGAACAUGUGGGAAUCCCUGGUGUGUAUCCUACGUCAAAGUGUCAAGGACAAGAAACGUGUUUUUGAAAUUUCAGGAAAAACAGAAUUUAAGAAGAAAGAUGUCUAUGCUUUUAGAUUUGAGGAUUAUAAUUGUUCAGUAGAUUUUGUUAGUUCACCAUUCAUUGUUCAAGAGUCAACUUUCAAAGGCAUAAAUGGGUCCUUUGAGACAUUAAGAUUGGAUUUGAUGGACCAGACAGCUACCACCUAUCAUGAUGCUGAUAUCAUAGUCUUCAAUACAGGUCAUUGGUGGACCCACGAGAAAACAUCUAGGGGAGAAUAUUAUUAUCAAGAAGGCAACCAUGUAUACCCCAGACUCAAAGUUCUGGAUGCAUAUACAAGGGCAUUGGCCACUUGGGCUAAAUGGAUCGACAAUAAUAUUGAUGUCAAUCGAACUCAGGUUUUCUUCAGAGGAUACUCAGUAACCCAUUUUAGGGGUGGACAAUGGAAUUCAGGAGGACAGUGCCACAAAGAAACCGAGCCAAUAUCUAAUGGACAGCACUUACGCAAGUAUCCAUCAAAAAUGAGGGCUUUUGAGCAUGUCAUCCCAAGGGUGAAAACUCAAGUGAUAUAUUUGAACAUUAGUAGACUUACAGAUUACAGAAAAGAUGCACAUCCUUCUAUAUACAGAAUGGAGUAUAAGACCGCAGAAGAACGAACCUCUGCUGAACUACACCAAGAUUGCAGUCAUUGGUGUUUGCCUGGAGUACCUGAUACUUGGAAUGAAUUACUGUAUGCUUCUCUCUUGAAAUAUGGUAAAGGCCAUUGGAAAAGCUGAGAAAAACUCCUCAAAAUCAUCCCACACCCGAUUUCUGAUUCUUUAUACACAUUCAACACAUGUAUAUUCAUUGAUUUCUCGCAUCUGGGUGUCCAUCACAAAGGGUAUCUUGAGAGUUAUAAUUUGUGCUGAAGAUGAUUGAUUAGAGUGACAAGUUUAUGUGUAUUUUCUGUGUACAUCUACUGGCUACUUGUCAUAAUGAAUACCACGAAAUCUGUAAAAUUUGUAGAUUGAAAGCAUGAUUUGAUUCUUUGCCUU